CCGUGCAUAUUGUUUGUAGGAACCAAUGGGAUGUUACUAUUGAGGAAAUCCCUCCUCCUUGAAACCGAAAGAAGAAGCGCUCUCCGGUUGGCCAGGGAAGGCUGGCGGUAUUUCCUUCUCUGGGUUAUCUGUAAAACGUGCUGCUGCUCUGUGUGAAGAGCUAACAGCUAGGUCAAUACGGGAAAGGUGGACCUGGAAAAGCUUUUAAGAUGUCCUACUCGUCAUCACGAAGCUCCUCGCGCAACACUGACUGCAAGGUGUAUGUAGGUGACCUAGGCAACGGUGCUGCCAAGGGGGAGUUGGAACGGGCGUUCAGCUACUAUGGACCUUUGCGCAGUGUCUGGGUGGCCAGGAACCCACCUGGUUUUGCCUUUGUCGAGUACGAAGAUCCCAGAGAUGCUGAGGAUGCGACAAAGGGCAUGGACGGCAAAGUGCUCUGUGGUGCCCGCAUAAGAGUGGAGUUGUCAACGGGUAUGUCUCGCAAGUCGCGCCACGACCGCCCCAGCCGCCGGCACUUCGACCCCAACGACCGCUGCUACCAAUGUGGCGAGAAUGGCCAUUAUGCAUAUGACUGCUAUCGCUUUAGCAAGAGGGGUGGUGGCCGCCGCAGCAGGUCCCGCUCACGGUCAAGGUCCAGGGGAAGGCGUUACCGCUCACGCAGCCGAAGCAACGGCCGCGACCGUAGAUCUGGGUCCCCAGCACGUUCCAAGUCCAGAAGUCCAGUGCGCAGGUCGUCCAGAAGUCCAGUGCGCAGGUCAUCCAGAAGUCCAGUGCGCAGGUCGUCCAGAAGUCCAGUGCGCAGGUCGUCCAGAAGUCCAGUGCGCAGGUCGUCCAGAAGUCCAGUGCGCAGGUCGUCCAGAAGUCCAGUGCGCAGGUCGUCCAGAAGUCCAGUGCGCAGGUCGUCCAGAAGUCCAGUGCGCAGGUCGUCCAGAAGUCCAGUGCGCAGAGCAGCAAGUCGCUCCCGAUCUCGCUCCCGCUCCCGGUCCGUGUCCCACCCCAGGGCGCGCAGCGUCUCCAGAUCUCGCUCCCGGUCCAAGUCCCGCUCAGCCACCACCAAGAGGGACAGUCGAUCCAGGUCUCCGAGCCAGAGGAAAAGCCCCACUCCUGAUGCCGACUGACCAUGGGGGUGAGACCGCUCCCUGCCCUCUCCUGUUCCGCUGUCCCCGUUUUCCUCGGGGCUUGAAGCCAUUUUACACCCAUGUCUAUGUACUUGAUUUCUUUCUCCUGUCAUUUUUUUAAUUUAUCCCUUGCUUUUCAUCCUCUGGCUUUGGCAUUAUUUCAUCUGUAUGUACAAAGGAUUCCUAAACUCCUUUUUCCAUCAUGUAAAUUUCAAUAGCUCGUUUUACAGUAUUUUUAAAAAUAUUUUUUUUUGCGUUCUGUGCGUUUUACUCUAGUUUGUCAGUUUUUUUUUUUUUUUUAAGCUAAAUGAUUUGGGGUUUUAUUUCAUUUUCAAUGUAAAUGGCGGGAUCUUUUUAAUAAAAUUAAUCUUUACACUAA